AUGUCGCUUAAGGAUCUGUACCCAGUCGUCGAAAUGGGACACCUGGCUCGAUGGAAAGAAACCGGAUCUUAUGAAGAUUUGAUGUGCUACUCCGCUGAGCUACUUAGUACUCCCAAUGACGCCAUCCCGCACCCGAUCGCGACAGUCAUCCAGCUCGUAUUAGCUGAGGCUGUUGCUGAUACCCUUCCAGUUGAUAAUGCUGCUGCUUUCCUCCGCCAGCUUGCCACCAAACCUUCAGAAUCAAGCUCAGGCGACGUGGCUAGCAUCAUUGUUGACUUUAUUUGGUUCAAGGAAGCUGAGCUUGAUAAUUAUACAGAUAACCCAGAGGUUCAAGCAAAGAAACCUGAAAGAUUCGUUCGCGUUGCCAAAGCGUUAAUUGCCCAAAAUUUCAUCCCAGAGCGCCUCAUGAAGGAGCGCUGGGAGCUGUCAUUCCUGGAAAAAACAGGCGUCAUCUCAAACAUUGAAGACUCCAAGAAGCGUGUCAUCCGCGCUAGCACGAACCAACUAUACAAGCAGCACAAGUUCAAUCUCCUAAGAGAAGAGUCCGAGGGUUACUCGAAAUUAAUCACGGAGCUCGCAAGUGGUACAGCUGACAAUGACAAUGUCGGAAAGGUCGCUUCAAAGGCCCAGUCUGUUUUUGCCAACGUGCUCAUUCUCAUUGGCUAUUUCGAUCUUGACCCAAUUCGGGUCCUUUCUAUCGUUCUGGACGUCUUUUCUGCAAAUAUUAUCACGCAUUAUCACUUCUUUAUCGAGUUUUUGUUGAUAUCACCAUGGUCUUCCCAAACAAUGGGCAAUCUGCCUGCGUUCAAAAACAAGGCCUGUGCUCAGGUUCUUGGCUUUAUGUUUCAGGAUUCGCAGCGUCCUGAAAACCGCUAUAAAUCGCUAGUCGAACUGUACACAGUAUCAGCCUUAUUGAUCAAGCACUCCAUCAUAAGUUUGGAUGAUCUUUAUCCCCAUCUCUCCCCAACUGACAAUGAGAUAGCUCAAGAGUACACAAGAUUCGUAGAAGCUAUGAAGUCCAAAGCACAAGAGUAUAAAAGCAGUCCACUUGCAAUGGCUGGCGCAUUAGAGAACGACACAGUAACCUCUAGAGACAAGGGCGGCAAAGCGGUAGAGGAGCCAGUGCCAGAAGCCAUCCCCGGGCUGCCGCUUCCUAACCAAAAAGUUGGAGUCCUAAAUGCACUUUUAUCUCUAGGAGAUCUGGAUCACGCAAUGUUUAUUCUUGCAAGGCUUCCUAAACUUACAGCUUCACACCCAGAAUCGGCUGAUUUGGUCUGCCGCUUGAUCAACGAGAUGAUCAGCCCCGUAUACUCACCCUUAUCGCCAAGCGCGAGCCAUCCGCAGCUAGCAAAGCGCAAAGACUUUGCCUACCGCUAUCCUACUGCCUCAGAAGGAAAAGAGGUUAAAGCUGUACGUAUCUUAGACCCAUGGCUUCCACUCCCUACAGAGACCGAACGCUACGAAUAUUUUUAUCAGGAAUGGGGAGAUGACCUUGUGCUGUGCCAGACAGUGCAGGAUAUCGUGCACUAUGUAUACCCAGUAUUGUCUGUUGUUGGUGCUCGAAUCCACCGAGACCUGAAGCUUGUGACCAAACUAUGCCGUAUUGGAGCUGGGACCCUUGAUAGGAUUCGCCGCGAAGUUGCUAUGCUUGAUGGACAGGAUGAUGCUCGAUUGGCCAUGCUCAACUCAGAGAAAGAAAUCAUUGAAGGCAUUUGGGUCGACAUGACAAGAUCUCUAUUUUUACCAACAGUAUCUCUUGCAUUCUCCAAUCCUGGCAUUGUCCAUGAAGUGUGGCAAGUGAUAAAAGGACUAAACUAUCAGACACGGUUUGCCCUCUAUGGAGAAUGGAAAUCAGAGGCAGCCAAGCAAUAUCCAGAGCUUCUUGUGACAACAGCCUCAGCCGAGAAAGAUGCCAAGGAUAUGAUGCGGAGGAUCAAUAAGGAAAAUGUGAAAGAGUAUGGGCGCAUGUUUGCUAAGUAUGCCCAUUCGAAUCCGCUGGUUGUAUUUGCUGCAGCGAUCAAGCAACUAGAAGGUGGUUACGACAACAUGGCCCAGCCUCUCGUGGAUGCCUGCAAAUAUUUAACCGAUUUUGGGCAUGAUGUUCUCAGCUACUCAUUACUCGAAUCAUUAUCGAAGCAAACGCGCAGCAAGGCCCAGGAGGAUGGAACGUCCAUCGCAAAAUGGAUGAACACAUUGGCUUUGUUCUGCGGAAAGCUGUAUCGAAAAUACCCCUCAGGUGAACUGAUGGGUAUCCUACAAUAUGUUGUUAAUCAGCUGCGACAACGCAACACUUAUGAUCUGGUGGUGCUGCGAGAGCUUUUGUCAAAGAUGGGUGGAGUUGAGGAUUUGAGUAACUUGACUAGGGAACAGCUUCUAGCGAUGGCGGGUGGUGAAUUGUUGCGGGAUGAAGUACUUGCAGCAAGCGUUACUGGGGCUGUCAUAAAAAAGGAUGUAAGAAGCUGCAGCCGACUACAAAAGACUAUGGCGCAUGACAACAUUGCUGCUCAACUUGUUGUUCUGCUUGCUCAACACAGACAGGAAUGUAUAUUUGGAUCCGUCGAAAUCCCCCACUUGAAAGUCCUGAGCAACAUUUUCGAUCAGGCACAUUCUACUCUUCUCCAGUUCCUAGACUUUUUGUCGUCUAGGCACCAAGAAGGAUACACAAUAUUGCUCCCCAGUCUCACCGACCUUUGUGAGACUUAUAAGAUCACCCCUGCGGUCGCCAUGUAUAUCGUACGGCCCAAGUUACAGGAAUUAAUACACCUGGAGCAAACAACAGAAAUAGUAGUGCAGCCCGGCUCCAAUCCUGCCCCUGACUCGGGUGAUGUCGAUGUCAUAGAAGCAGGUGAAAAUAAAUCAAACGAAACAACUAUCGCUAACAAAGAGCCUUGGCUACCGUGCUUAAGGUCUGUCGCUUUGGAGGUCAAAUCCACCCUCCCGCCUAAAGCCUGGCGCUCUAUGAAGCCACAUUUCUACAUUACCUUCUGGCAGUUGACUAUGUAUGACAUCUAUGUCCCCGUCCGAGAAUAUUACUCUGAAAUAAAUAGACUGAAACAGUCUAUCCGCGCCAUGGAUAAUGAUAAAGCAACAUAUAACUCUAGUAUGCAGGCCAAGAAUAACAGGGAUCGAGACCGUUUGGUAAACAGAGCAUUCAACUUGCAACUGGAGAUGGAGCGCCAUUUGGCCCAUCACAAGACCGUCAUGGAGCGUUUGAAGCGCGAGAAGAACCACUGGUUUAAAGGAUUGGAUGCCAGCCGUGAAGAGAUCAUCGGCCAAGUCAUACAGCACUGUAUCUAUCCAAGGGCCGUCAUGUCGGGCAUGGAUGCUAUUUUUUGCUCAGCAUUUAUACAACUGAUGCACUCAUUAGGAACCAUUAACUUCUCGACAUUGACAUUAUUCGAUAAGUUGUUUCUGGAGGUGGAUCGUAUACUCUUCCUCUCUUCUGAAUCUGAAGCCAAGUCAUACGGCUUAUUCCUGUCAAGUGUUUUAAGCAACCUAGCUCGUUGGCAUAAAAGCAGUGCAUUGUAUGCUGCAGAAGGUCAUGGCGAUAACCUGCCUGGGUUCCAAGUGAAAUGGGGGUCACACAAUAUCAAUGACGUAAUCCAUGAGGAAGAUCUACUGGACUUUGAAAUGUUCCGACAUGGCCUCUUUAAAUGGCAUGUCAGACUAUUUCAGGCCUUUCAAUCCGCUGUUGAGACAAAAGAAUACAUGCCUAUGAAGAAUACGAUCAUGAUGCUUCGAGAGCUUGCUCCGCGUUAUCCAGAGCUGAUGGUGCUCGGCACCCGCCUCACGUCAACCUUUAAGUCUAUUGCCGAAAGCGAGGAGAGAGCUGACCUGAAGCUUAUGGCGGCUUCCUACUUGGGGGUCCUGAAAAAGGGGCAAAGUUCUGGAGCCUGGCUGCCCACUUGCCAGUUCCAUCUGGUCCAGCCGAAGGAGAGGACCGGCGCCCAGCCCAGGACUAGCGAGCCAUCUGCUGCUGGGAUGCCCAAGGCUGGACCAAGUAAACAGCCACUCGCCAAGGCCAGCACAGCCGCAGUGGAAAGAAGAAAUAGAAACACCAACGUCGACGGCAGCAAAGGAUCCCUGGCACCAAGUGCUGAAAGGGCCUCUCGGACGGGUGGCGAUGCGCUAUCCUCCAGUGAACGAAGGACUGCUGUGCCCUUGCCCCCACGGCCAGCAGGCCCUCGACACGGAGGGAGCGCCUCCCUGGCGUCCAGCAGGGAUGGCCCUAGAGGCGGUCCUGGUCGCUUGCAGUCAGAUCCCCGUGACUCUCGCGACCAACGAGAAACCCGUGGCCGCUAUGAUCCUCGCGGCUGGCGGGAACCUCGUGACCGCCAUGAUCCUCGAGGCCGACGAGAAGCUGACCCAAGGGGCUCUUCUCGUCGUCAGGAUCCCACUCGAGGAUCCGAAAGCUAUAGGCCCUCCAGAGACAGGCUCGACCGCAAGCACGGUCGAGACACCAGCCUGGAGAGGGACAGGGACCCAAAGCGUCGACGCUGA